GUCGACCUCGAUCUCGCCCCGAGUCUGAUAGCGCAAACCCCCGCCGCAUCCGCACCCCCGGAUCCCGAUCCACCCCGCCGCCGCCGCUGCCGUCGCCGUUGCUGCCGGAGAGAGAGAGAGAGAGAGAGAGAGAGGAUGUACGGGUGGGAGAUGCUCUCGUUCAACAUCCACGACGGCUUCCUGGAGGCCAUCGUGAGGGGGAACCGAUCGGGCCUGCUCACCGCUGCCGACUACAACAACCUCUGCCAGUGCGAGAACCUCGACGACGUCAAGAUGCACCUCACCGCCACCGAGUACGGCCCCUACCUCCAGAACGAACCUUCACCCUUGCACACAACAACAAUUGUGGAGAAGUGCACCCUUAAACUGGUUGAUGAGUACAAACACAUGAUGUGCCAGGCGACAGAACCACUAUCCACAUUCUUACAGUAUAUAACGUAUGGGCACAUGAUUGAUAAUGUUGUUCUUAUUGUUACCGGAACAUUGCAUGAGAGAGAUGUUAAUGAACUAUUGGAGAAAUGCCAUCCAUUGGGAAUGUUUGACAGCAUUGCGUCUCUUGCGGUUGCUCAGAAUAUGCGUGAGCUUUAUAGAUUGGUUUUGGUUGAUACACCUUUAGCCCCAUACUUCUCAGAAUGCAUUACAUCUGAGGAUUUGGAUGACAUGAAUAUUGAAAUUAUGAGGAACACUCUCUACAAAGCAUACCUUGAGGAUUUUUACAAAUUCUGUGAAAAACUUGGUGGUGCUACUGCUGAGAUUAUGUGUGAUCUGCUGUCAUUUGAAGCUGACAGAAGAGCCGUGAACAUUACGAUUAACAGUAUUGGAACAGAGUUGACUAGAGAUGACCGUCGGAAGCUGUACUCCAACUUUGGUUUAUUGUAUCCAUAUGGUCAUGAAGAACUGGCAGUUUGUGAAGAUGUUGACCAGGUGCGUGGUGUAAUGGAGAAGUAUCCUCCAUACCAGUCUAUUUUUGCCAAAAUUUCAUAUGGAGAAAGCCAAAUGUUGGAUAAGGCCUUCUACGAGGAGGAAGUGCGGAGGCUAUGCUUGUCAUUUGAACAACAGUUCCACUAUGCUGUUUUCUUUGCUUACAUAAGGCUACGGGAGCAGGAGAUCAGGAACCUGAUGUGGAUAUCAGAGUGUGUUGCACAGAAUCAGAAGAACAGGGUGCAUGACAGCGUUGUAUUCAUCUUUUGAUCUGUUCCUGCCACUCCACAGAUGAUUGUACAAAAUGCCAGCUUUGACGAUGGCACAAUCGGUUGCGCUCAUUAUAAGCACAGGACUUAUUCUGCCCCUUCAUUUCUCUUUGUACGCUGCUGGAAAGCAUGACCAUGAGUGAAUGUAUUAUUAUCUUACUUUUUGUAGUAAAAUAAAGGCUUGAUUAUCUUCUGGUAAAUUAAAUAAAUCCUGUCUAUUUUGGGAGAUUUUGGGAGAAGCUGUAACAUCAAUAUGUCCAGUGUACAUGAAAUGGUUUAUAUUGGCUUAUUGACAACAUCUAAUGUGCGCCCAACUCUUUUGGUGCAUCAUA